AUGGGCCAUAAUAUUGCUAGGGUUUUCCAAACCUCCUCUAGGGCCCUUCUCCGAUAUGUGGGCGUCCCUAUUGAGGAGCUCGUGGUCAGCAAUGGCACAGCAAUGGCACAGCAAUGGCACAGCAAUGGCACUGACGGUGGGCAAUGGUCAGCCGUGACGGAUUCAGUUUGCAAUGAAAUUGAAAAAGCUGAUCCACGGAUAGUCGCUGCAAAUAUUCAAGGUUCUAGGGCUCAUGUAUCCUCUAAGGAUAGGAGUGAUAACCAGAAUGUCAUAACCGUCGGGCUAGAGACUCAUACAGGUACACGCAUUGGCUCGCUCCAUGUCCAUCUAGAUGGCACUUUCAAGUUUUUUCCGUCCAGUGCUGGCAAGGAGGGAGGAUAUGGGUCAAAAAUUGCUAGCGCCGGAAUCAAGGGCUUUAUUCCAACUGACAGCGGUUUUGAAAACAUGGGUGAACAGAGCUCGUCCUCCAAAUGA